UACGUCAGAAUGUCUGGAAGAGGUAAAGGCGCCGGAAAAGCUCGUGCCAAGGCCAAGUCACGUUCAUCCAGAGCUGGACUACAGUUCCCGGUCGGUCGUGUCCAUAGGCUGCUUCGCAAAGGCAACUAUGCUGAGCGUGUCGGUGCUGGUGCCCCCGUCUACCUGGCGGCUGUUCUUGAGUAUCUGACCGCUGAGAUCUUGGAGCUGGCAGGAAACGCCGCCCGCGACAACAAAAAGACCAGGAUCAUCCCCCGCCACCUGCAGCUGGCUGUCCGCAACGACGAGGAGCUCAACAAGUUGCUCGGAGGAGUCACCAUCGCUCAGGGCGGUGUCCUGCCCAACAUCCAGGCGGUUCUGCUGCCCAAGAAGACCGAGAAGUCAAAGUAGAUAACCCUGAUCCAACAAACCAACGGCUCUUUUAAGAGCCACUCACUUUAUAUUACUGAGCUCUGGCCCAAUCAUGUUGACUCUCCGCUCCACUGAAUUUAAAUGACUCCACAGUGAUCAAUGGUAAUAUACAAAAUGCAUUACUGAAAUAUAGAUCAUGAUAAUGUUAAACUGCGAACUGUCUUCAAAGUGUAUUAAAUAUGGAUCUGAUGUGCUCAAAGUCACCACAUCGUAUAAUUGAGCGUUUCAUGGAAGAGAAAUGUAUGAACGUGCAGUUGUGAACAAAAGCCCCCCACUCAGCCUCUGGGGUGAUUUAAAAUAAAACUCUGGUCUGCUGCCUCAUGUCAGACCCAUCACUAGUCAGUGAGUAGUUAAAUGUGCAUAUGUUGAGUUCUCCCUGGACUGUAGACAGAAACUGGUGAUUGCGCUACUGCAAUGAGGUACAUACCUGUACAGUAUGUCUGAGUGAAGAAAAUGUUACACUUAAAAAACGGUUGGCACGAAUAC